AUGUGGGUAUCCGUCCUUUUUUCUUCGGCAGGCCUCGCCCUCUCGCGCCCUCGACAGCCCGUCCCCCGCGCUCCCGGAACCGGUGGAGCUUCGACGGAUGCGCUCUGGCCCACGGUCUGCUACCCGUUUGUGGAGAACGGCACGAUGGCUCCUUGCGUUUCCAUCUCCAAGAUCGAGACGGCCUGCGUGGCCAACGGCACCGACGACGUGGCCUUGGAAGCCCACGGCCGGUGCAUGUGCGGCGGCAGCUUCUUCGAUGACUGGCGCGGCUGCCAGCGCUGCCUUCUCGCCCACGGCAUCCGCAGCGAUCGCGAUAACCUAUACUGGGCCAACGUCUUGUCGGUGGCCUCGGAAGCUCUCUGCACCGGCACCCCGACGGCGGAGUUUUCGGCCAUCUUCGCUUCGGCCGAGGCGAACCCCGACAAAGCCCCCUUGGCCACGACGGGCGACACCAAAAGCGUCGACAGCUUCCCCGGCAGGACCGACGUGAGCCUCUACUACACCGCCUCCGUCACGCAAGGGCCCGGUUCCGUGCCGCCAAGUGCUUCGGGGCCGCCGAUGGUGAUGACGACGGCGGAGUCGGGCGGCGGGCCCAUCCCGACGGACGUCAUGACCUCGUGGGGAUCCGUUCCGGAUGCCUCGACGACGGACCUCGCGAGCAACGAGACGGCGUACACGACGACGGCCUCGUCCGACUCGACGGUGGCGACGGCAUGCACGGACACGUCCAUCUGCGCCGCGGCGACGGACGGCGCCGGGUCCCGAGGCGCUGCGAUGGCUCUCGCCGGCGCCGCGUUGGUCAUGGCUUUGUGA